CAAAAAAAAAUUAUUAAUACAGCAAAUAUAUAUAUGACUUGCCACACAGAAAUACAUAAGUUCAUAUAAAAACUGAAAAUGUUAAUAAAGAAAGACGUACCCACGAAAAUAUUUUAUACAAAACUAUGUAACCUAGACAAUUUUUUUAAAAAGGCUAUAAAUAACAAAAAAAAUUACAUCAUAUAGUAUUUUGGGUUUAGAAACAAAAUCAUUUAACCUUUCCUUUAUUUAAUUAUGGAGAAAUAAAACUUGAAAAAUGAAAAAAAAAUGGGGACCAAAUGGUAAAAAUAAAACAUAAAAAGAUUAGCUAUAAAUAAAGGAGCUCUAAAACCCAAACACUUAAGAACAUCCCCACUCUCUCCCCUUGUGCCUAAAAGAUCUCCUUCACUCUCUUUUGUCUCUUUAGAAUUAUGGGAAUCGGAGAAGAAAGCACAAAGCCUAUUUGGGGGAGUGUGAGCCAGGCGCCUUCAGGCUACGCUCUCAACGGCAAAAUCAUGCUCUCCUCCGUGAUCGUCCUCUUCGUCGCCGUUAUUAUGAUCCUCUGUUUCCACAGCUACGCCCGAUGGUUAUUCCGUCGUCAGAACCGUCGCAUUCGCCGCCGUAUUCGUGCUCAUAUCCGUACUCUCUCCGCCUCACCCCGCGACCAAGCUCUCGACCCGGUUGUUCUCGACAAGAUUCCGAUCUUCGUUUACUCCUCCAAGAAUCCACCACCACCCGAAGAGAAGGAGGAGUGCUCCGUCUGCUUGUCGGAGUUCGAGGAAGAAGACGAAGGCCGUCUUCUCCCUAAAUGUGGCCACUCUUUUCACGUCGAUUGCAUCGAUACUUGGUUCCGUUCUAGAUCCACUUGCCCGCUUUGCAGAGCUCCGGUUCAACCCCCGGUUCAAGUCAUUGAAACCGGAUCUUCUUCUUCUUCGCCGCUGAGAUUUCCGACGGAGGCUUGCGAGAGAGAACCAAUUGAUCUCGUCGGAAUCAUUGUGGAGAUUCCCAGAGAAUUUGAAAUUCAAGGCUCAAACCCGGGUCUACCCAUCGAAAACGGAUCCAAAUUCCCGGGUAAUCGGGUUUUGUCUUUGAAAAGGUUAUGGAGCAUCUGAUUACGGGCGGGUAAAUGGGUUUCUAUUUUUUCAAAAACCGCAUGAACAAUGAACCAAUCAAUAGUCCAAUUUACUUGGGCAACGUGUAUUUGUUACCCGUUCAUUAUUAUUAAAUUUUGAAGAAACGA